AGAAGAAAGAAACAGUAUUUAGAGAUAGAGAGAGUGAGAAACCGAAACAAGAUUGAUGCUUUAAAUGACGGCACAUGGGGAUGGGGAUGGAGUGGACCGGCCACACUAGUAGUAGUAAGUAGUAACAAAGUUUAAGUGCCGUAUUUUUCUGGAAUUCUAUAAAUUCGGAUUUUAAGGCAGAGACGUUUUUCACUCACACUCUCUCCACCACCACCACCACAACAACAACUUCGUUUCGUUACAACUUUUACUUUUCUCCUCUGCUGCAAUUUUCACGUGUUCUUCUUCUUCUUCUUCACUCUGCAAAUCAAUCUUAUCUUCUGUUUUUUUAAGGUUUGUGAGAGAAAUGGAAGGGAGUGGGAAAAAAGCAGGGAAGUCUUCUUCUUCUCAUGGGAAGAAGAAGUCUUCUUCGACUUCUCAAGGGAAAUCAUCAUCUUCGUUUUCUUCUGACCUUUUUGAUAACAAGAAAUCAUCGUCUAGCAAUCCUACUUCAACUUCAUCAUCUGAGUUGUUUGACUCUGUGUUUUCUACUCCAUCAACGAUUCGAGGAAGGGAUUCUUCUCACUCAUGGAACAUUAAAUCAGAUUCUCAAGGGGAUUUUAAAAGGGCCAACGAAGGGUAUAGUGCGAGUAGCAGGGACAGGAAUGACAAAGGAGCAGAUCCGUGCCAUCUGAGCUCGUCAAUUUACUAUGGUUGUCAAGACUACCAGGAUGUUUAUAAUGAUUCUUCAAACCCUCGAACUUAUCAACCACCUCUUUUCAAGAAGAAGGAUGGGGAUGAAGAUGACUCAACUGGGACCAAUUUAUACAGUGCCUCUAGAGGAAACUGGUGGGAAGGGUCACUCUAUUACUAAAACGUCGUCCUGAGCUUGUGUGAAUUAUAUACAUCGACAUACUAGGAGUUCAAUAAAAUUGGUGUUUUAUCAACCUUUUCAAGAUGGAUGAUGUUUUCUUCGACUUACUCCAUAUGAAGACGAGUUUCCUAGGGGUUUAAAAAGACUAGAUCAUAUAUAUAUGUUUUCUUUUAUUAGGUGUUUAUGGUACUAAGAAAGGAUGGUUGGUUUUAUUUCGACUUUUAUAUAGCGUUUACUAGUUACUUGCUCUGUGAUUCUGGUUAGAACUUGAACUAUCGAAGCUAUAUAUAUAUAUAUCCUUUUUAAGAUAAUUAAUGAUCUGUUUUAUGUUCGUGUUCA